GAUGAGCCCUGUAUAAUUAUAUGAAACUCGAAAACAAAGCAAACCCUAGUGGCAGUGACAAAGUGUGUAGUCUCUUCCGUUAGGGUUUCCAUCUCUGUGUUCCUGCGGCUGUCAUUCACUUCACAGAACAAACAACAAUGGUUGCCGCCAAGAAAACCAAGAAGACCCAUGAGAGCAUCAACAACAGGCUCGCUCUUGUCAUGAAGAGUGGCAAAUAUACACUUGGCUAUAAGACUGUUCUCAAAUCUCUUAGGAGCUCCAAAGGGAAACUCAUUAUCAUUGCUAACAACUGUCCCCCUUUGAGGAAGUCAGAAAUAGAAUAUUAUGCUAUGUUGGCUAAGGUUGGAGUUCAUCAUUAUAAUGGGAACAAUGUGGAUUUGGGCACUGCAUGCGGUAAAUAUUACAGAGUAUGCUGCCUCAGCAUUAUCGAUCCUGGUGAUUCAGAUAUCAUAAAGACACUGCCUGGGGAACAGUAAAAUGGUGUUUGAAGUUCCUUGCUUGAUAUUUUCUGUUUGUAGUUGAUUCAGACCGUGGAGAGAAAAAUUGAUUCAAUUGUAAACUUGGUGUAAGGUGCAUGAUUUUUGGGUAUUCUAGUUGAGCAUCAAGUAAUUUUGACUUUGCAAAUUUUUCAUUGUUCCAAUUUCUACAGAUAUAAUAUAUAAUUAUCUCCCUUGCUGUUAAUGCCCA